AUUGGUUGCAGUUCAUCUCCGAGCAUGAACGAGUAAUGUGAUGGCCGUGCUGCGCUACCACCAGUUUAGGAAACCGAUGUCCAGCUUGCGAGGUGACAAGAUUUGGCGCUGGCGUUGUCAAUGGAGCGUCGUGAGCAUCUGCGCCAUCGCACUCGUCCUCUACAACGCCGCCGCCAAUAUCUGGCUGCUCCACCCCCCCUCCUGCCCCUCACACGCCACUCUACCCCCCACCGAACCCCCCACAUGCGAGCCUUGUGACGCAGCCAACCCUAGCGUUGAUGACGACCCUAUUUCAAGAAUAGACUUGAGACUUGGAAGAUGGGAUGGUUCAAGGUCAUACAAAAUGUUUGAUUACGCUGCAGUUGGAGAUUUAUACGCAGAACUAUCAUCAGAUCGACGCGUCUGCUUAGCAACUCAAAGCUCAAUAGAGCGAUUACACGAACUCCUCAGGAUCGCAGCGCAUUGGUCUGGACCUAUAUCAGUAGCAGUCUUUGUUGCUGGAGAUGAGCUAAGACUGCUUAGAGCAUUCGCUAUGUGGCUGUUCCGUUGUCAACCAGAAAUCUACAUGAGAAUGGCGUUACAUGUAGUUACGCCUAGUGAGAGACCAGGAGUCCCAGGACAUGCACCAAGCUGGGCGAGGGAUUGCGAAGCGAAACCGCUUCCACCUUACGAAAUCAAGUCAGAUACAAUGGCUUGGAGAGUUAGACAUCCGUAUCCUCAGAAUCAUUUAAGGAAUUUAGCGAGAAAGAAUUGUCAAACACCGUAUGUGUUUCUGGUGGAUGUAGAUAUAGUACCGUCUAAAGGAAUGGCGGAGGCUUUAGAUAAGUUUUUAGCGAAAGUUCCGAAAUGCCCGCUCUGUGCGUACGUGGUGCCAACUUAUGAGUUGGAUUUGAGGGUGGCCAGUUUUCCGGCGAACAAGUCGGAGCUGUUGAGGCUGUCGAGGAAGAAGCUGGCGAUACCGUUCCACAGGAAGGUGUUUAUUUACAACCAGUACGCUUCUAAUUUUACAAGAUGGGAAGCGACGGGCGGCAACGAGAGCGAGCACACGCACGUCAGCCACAACGUGACCAACUUCGAGCUACUCUACGAGCCGUUUUACGUAGCGCCGGACACCGUGCCGGGGCACGACGAGAGGUUCCUGGGCUACGGGUUUACUAGGAAUACGCAGGUGUACGAAAUGUUUCUAAUCGGCUACCAGUUCCGAGUUCUGUCCCCGAUCUUCACCAUCCACUGGGGCCUACAAGCCAGGAGGACCAGACCCUUGUGGCGAGAAAAACAAAACGAAAAGAACAGAAAACACUUCGAGACCUUCAAGAGGGAACUCUUCGCGAGGUACCGGAGAGACCCACUGCAUUUGUUGAGGAGGCCUCCGGCCUCGAAGAAGGCAUAGGCUUCGCUAGGCCGGACAGUGAGGCCCGGCCUUAUAAUAAGUGUUCUUGUGGUACUGGGAUGUGUUUAAUGUGACAGUUUAGUGAAUUAUAAAUGCGGGAUUUUUUAGGAGGUCUCUGGCCUCUAAAAAGCCAAAGGCCUCGCUAGGUCUUAUGAUUAGUGUGGUUGUGGUACUGUUUAGAUGUGUUCAACAGUGAAGUGCUAAAGUGGAUUGCUUUGUUAAAUAGUGAGGAUAUUUUGUUUAUGUAAUUGGAAGUGCUAGAAGACAAAUCCCUGAAAAAUGUUGAACCCUAAAACCAUAACUGAAUACUUGUUUUAAAACCGCAUUGAAUAAAAAAUAAAAGGUACAGUUAUCAGCAAAAGUAGCUAAGCGGACGAGGCAGUCAAAAUAAUAUUGGCACCUAUACCUACCUACAAACGCCCUUACAAUGGUGCUCUGAACAUUUUUCUUAACAACUGCCGCUGACUGUACCUUUUAUCAAUCUUAAAAUAACUGGACAAAGAGGCAAAAAUAAACCCUACCUGACUAAGCUGUUAGCCUCUAUAAAAAGUUCGUUAUUUUGGUACCUAGCUAAACUGUCAGCACUUUACAAUUUGCAGCAGCGACUUCAAACCAUCAGCUAACUUGUCUUGUUGUUGUUGUAACGGUUGGUCAACAUUUUUAAGCGUUAUGUAACUGUCAAUUUUGUUUGAAUGUAUACGGAUUGUAGAAAACGACCAAUAUUUAAACGAGGUUGUUCUGAUUAAAUAGUUACAAAAGAUAUUUGUAAUUCGUUACAAUAUUAGUUUAAAAAUUGUUGUGUUAGUCAGUACCUAUACUUCUCUGAUAUUCUGAUAGAGAUAAACCAUUUUAAUGCUGCGCGCCCCCGACGCUCACAUUAAUAGUAAGGAAAGGACGCUUAGCACUAGGAUUGUCGUAUAUUGAUCCGCCUGUUCCUAUCUCUAUCGCACGUGCAUAUUUAUAUUGCUAUGUCCCGCUCGCAAAGUAUCAUUAACCGCCGUCAUCAUGGGCGGGAGAGCAAAUUAAAUACGCGCGAGCGAUAGAGAUACAAACAGGCUGGUCAAUGUACACAAUUCCUCGUGCUAAGUGUCUUUUCUUUAUUCUUAAGGACGCAACGCACAGAAUUAUUGACUUUUGCUUUAAAAAUACUUUAGAUAUAGAGUAUAAGUGGUGUAAAGGAGCGCAGUGUAAAUAUGGUUUAUCGCUAGAGUUAGACUAAAACAAGUCUGCAACGAUUUUGAUAGCACACACAAGCUUGCACAAGUGUGAUUUUAAACGUCUAACUUAUAUGAAAUGAUGACGAUGACGUAUAUAACACUUGCAUUGCGUAUGCUAUCAAAAUCGUUGCAAACUUAGUCUUAGUCUAAAUCUGCCUAUAUAAAGUUCAAGCUUAUUAAUAUUAGCGCCAUCUAUAUCGUGUAUAUUAUUUACGUUUCGAUGUUACACGCUUUGGUUGUUGAUCACUGCAAACAUAUGUAACAUUGUACCUACAAUAGUGUUUACUGUCAAUUGUUGUCAAAUUAUGUUAAGUUUUAUACAUAUCGUUCAUGCAAUAUUGUUCUGCACGUCAAAUGUGAACUACCAUUUACAACACAUUAGCAGACAUCGGAUUUUAGGGGGCAAAAUAUAAUUACAGGCAAUAAGGGAGUUCCUAUGAAGAUAAUAUCAAUUAUCGAUAUUUUCCCAUGUACCUACUAGUGACCAGUUUUUUUUGUCAGUGCGUUUAUUUUUGUAACUAUAUUUACAAGUAAAAUUGCACUAUGACUGUGACCUUGUAAAUGCUUCUUAAUGCGGUGUCUGUUAGACUGCGAGCCACGAACAGAUUUUCAUGACCAAUCGCCUCCCGGGCGAUAACUCGUAUAUUGGUUAAUGGCUAUGCAUGGUGAUCCCUCAUGGACGUCAGCUGGCGCUUCGUUGAUGAGUUGAGGAAUGGCAGCCACCGAAACAUGUAAAAAGAUUAAAUAAAUUUUGUCAUCGCCUCCCGUUUGAUACUUUGUCAGAAGAUAGUUUAGAUGUUAUUAUAAAUAAAAACAACCGUCAGCCGGUUGUAUAGCGGUGGAAAGACCGUCAGCUACUUGCAUAAACGUGUAAAAAAUAAGCGCUGUACCUUUUUAUUAUAGUAAUAACUAAAUCAUGAAACUUUGCAUGUAGGAUUUCAUCUGGCAUUUCAAUAAACGCCUUAUGGAUUUGCGGACAUGAUCAACUGACGGUCUUUCCACCACGAUACAACCGGCUGACUAUUAUUUUAAUUCAUAA